ACAGCGGAAACUCUACGGUUACUCCACAGCUGCCGCGAUCUCUUCACCGUUCCCGAGCGCCAUUGUUAUUGCGUCUUCCCGAUGAUGGCGUUGGUGUGUGACACUGCUGUGGAUGAUAUCGAGGAUAUGGUGAGAAUCACUGACGUCACACCACUGCAGCGGCAGGCGGCCCGCAAGAGUGUGGUUCCUCGCGCACGCAAACACAAGCAGGAGACGGGAGAGCAGAUGCAGACCGACAGUGUGAUUCCCGGCAUGCAGAAGGUGUGGCUGAAGACCUGGGGCUGCUCACACAACAGCUCAGAUGGAGAGUAUAUGGCGGGUCAGCUGGCGGUGGCAGGAUACCAGAUCACAGACUUCAGGAUGGCUCCAGAGCAGAUUAAUAUGGACUAUAUAAAGGACCUAAGCAUCAUUGGGGUGCAGCAGAUUGACAGAGUGGUGGAGGUUGUGGACGAGGCCAUUAAAGGUCACUCUGUACGUUUGCUGGGUCAGAAGAAGGAGAAGGGCAAGCGUCUGGGCGGAGCGCGACUAGAUUUGCCAAAGAUUCGGAAAAAUCCUCUGAUUGAGAUCAUUUCCAUCAACACAGGCUGUCUGAAUGCCUGCACCUACUGUAAAACUAAGCACGCUCGUGGAGAUCUGGCCAGUUACCCGGUGGAGGAGCUGGUGGAGCGGGUCAGACAGUCCUUCCAGGAGGGUGUGUGUGAGAUGUCCCGUAUCCUGCAGCACCCGCGCGUCUUCUCCUUCCUGCAUGUGCCGCUGCAGUCUGCGUCUGACAGUGUGCUGAUGGAGAUGCGGAGGGAGUACUGCUGCGCCGACUUCACACACCUGGUGGACUACCUGAAGGAGAGGGUUCCAGGCAUCACCAUAGCGACAGACAUCAUUUGUGGUUUCCCGGGAGAGACGGAUGAGGACUUCGAGCAGACGCUGGCGCUGGUGCGGCGCUACCGCUUCCCCAGCCUGUUCAUCAACCAGUUCUACCCGCGACCGGGCACCCCGGCGGCCCUGAUGCAGCAGCUGCCCGCGCACGUGAAGAAACAAAGAACCAAAGAACUGUCGGCGCUCUUCCACUCCUACAGGCCCUACGACCACAAGAUGGGCGAGCAGCAGCAGGUUCUGGUCACUGAGGAGUCCUUUGAUUCGCAGUAUUACGUCGCACACAACAAGUUCUAUGAGCAGGUGCUGGUGCCCAAGCGGCCUGAGUAUCUGGGUAAGAUGGUCCAGGUGGAGGUGUACGAGUGCGGGAAACACUACAUGAAGGGCCGACCACUGGAGGAGGCGCCACUGCGCACCGCAUACACCACUGCACCACUGCUGAAGGGACAGGUGUCGGGACACACACAGGCCGGUGUGUGUGAGCCGCAGUGCUGGAUGCCGGACGGGAUGAGGAUUCUGGCUGUGGUUCUGCUUCUGUCUGCGGUUCUGCUGGCGUUACUGAUGGAGAAACUGCUCUGAUCAUCCUCCGGGACUCCUCUGCUCCGGCUCUGGUGAAGCGGCACCAGUAGAGACUGGUCUUUUAACCGUGGACUGAAGACUCUGCUUCAGGGUUUAUUUUAGCGUGUGGAGCGGCUGUGCUGCGGCUGUGUUUGUGUGUUCUGUUUAAGCCCGCUCCUCUUUUCUUCUUCUUCUUCUUCUGUUGUCUCGGGCUGGGUCUGGCUGUGCUCUGAGCUCCAGACUCGGCCUGGUUUUGUUCUCCACAUAAAGCGGUUUAAUAAAGCAGUCUCGGUCUCCUGC